AUGGCGCCAUGGAUGAUGGGAGAGAAAUUCAACACCGUCUACCCACACAAGGGCUCGAUCAAGGCCCUGUGGGAGACCAAGUGGAAGUUCUGCAGCUCGAAAUCCAUCUAUCCAUUCCACGACGGCGCAUUCGAGGACUUUGAGCCCAUUUUCCAGAAGCUGAUUGACGAAAAUAUCAACGAUGCCUUCUCGGACGCCUAUACCAGGGCCUUCAUCCCCAUCGUCGACGGCCUGGAAAAACAAGCCGAACAGGCCCUCGCAAACAGCCACCCAGACCAGGCCUCGGACCUAUACCGACGCGCCGCCGUCGUGCUGCGAAUCUCGCGCUUCCCCUACGUAAGCCCGGCGAGCCGUCCCGAGACCUCCCUCAAGCGCGCCGCCUUCGAGCGCCAGAAACAGGUCUACCUGAAAGCCGCCUCCGUCUGGAAACCCGUGCUGAAGGAAGAGACCAUCCCGCACACGCACGCCUCCGGCCGUGACGGCGCACACAUCCCGAUCUACGUGCGCGUGCCCGAGGAAGCCAGCGCUGCAAACCCCGUCCCCGUCGUGCUGCUCAUGACUGGUCUCGAUGGCUACAGGCCUGAUAACAGCCAGCGGACGCAUGAGAUCAUCAACCGCGGCUGGGCGACUGUUGUCGUUGAGAUUCCCGGAACGGCGGAUUGUCCGGCUGACCCUGCGGAUCCGGAGAGUGCGGAUCGCCUGUGGAACAGUGUGCUUGAGUACAUGGCGCAGCGGCCGGAGUUUGAUAUGCGUCGCGUUGCGGUUUGGGGGCUGAGUGCUGGUGGCUACUAUGCUAUUCGGGCUUCGGCUACGCACCGGGAUAGGUUUGCUGGGUGUGUUGCUCACGGGCCUGGGAGUCAUCAUUUCCUGGGGGAGGAGUGGUUGAGUCGGGUUAAUGACCACGAGUAUCCGUUUGAGAUCACGGCUUCUUGGGCUGAGAAGUAUGGCUAUGAUAGCGCUGAGGACUUUGUGAAGAAUGCGCAGAAAAAGUUCUCGCUUGUUGAGACUGGUGUUAUGGACCAGCCUAACUGUCGGUUGCUGAUGCUGAACGGCGUGGAUGAUGGUGUCGUCCCCAUUGAGGACUCGCUGGUUAUGUUUAACCACGGCGGUCCCAAGGAGGGCCGUUUCUUCGAGGGCAUGGUGCACAUGGGUUACCCUCACAGUCUGCCCGUUGCCUACAAGUGGCUGGAGGAGGUUCUGUCUGACAACAAGCAGGAGCUGAAGAACUAG